CCACCUGACCCAACUUUUUUUCCGCGAAAGCUUCUGCCUUGGCGGCGGCAAUGGCGUAUUCCGUCCUCCAGUCUUUCGAAACUUGGACAGCUGCAUUCUCUCCUAAACCCUAAACCUCACUCCAGUCUCUCUGGUUCCAUUUCAUGCAGAGACCCUACUCCCGCCUCCCUUCAAUCCCCAAGAUGCAAAGAUUCCGCGUUCUUCUCUCCCGUAAAAGCAUUUCCUUUCUUCACGAAUCCCAACUUCUUCACUCCCACUCUUCGCUCCAUUUCUCCACUGCCAGUAUAUUCUCCUCGGCAUUUCUGCCACUCUUCUCAUACUCCGACCAUCGUAGUUUUCAUUCGAGCGAGCAGUUGCCAGAAGGAGAAGAAGGCGAUGCAGCUGCCAGGGUUUGGGCUCUCUGCGAUCCCAUCUCAGAACAUAUCGCGGCCAAGCCAAAGGGCGGGGAAGGCCCCGAUUUCGAUCGUCCCGGGGAGGGGGAGAAUUUACAGAAGGGGAAACUGGAGAAGAUUAUGAGGAACGUGGAAGAUUCAGGCGAAGAGGACGACAAAACUGAGAUUUUGUCGAAGGAGCGGUAUAGAUGGUCAUCUCGUGCAGCAGGAAAGGUAAAUGAGAAGAAGACCAAGAUGAAGAGUUCUUGGGUCUGCAAGGAGUGUGGCCUGAACCUUGGACAGUGGUGGGGAACCUGCCCGUCCUGUAAAACAGCUGGUUCUGUGAAGCGGUUUGUGGAGGCUAAGUUCCUUGAGACCAGAGGGGAUUCAGUUUUGGGAAAUGAGGCGGUGAAGUUAACGGUUCCUCAAAGGUUGGCGGAUGUUAACAGGGGAAUGAACCAAUCUGAUUGGAGAAUACCUUUGAAUGGUCAUCUCGGGAUGGAGGUUGCUAGGGUUCUUGGUGGCGGCCUUGUACCAGGCUCCUUAGUUUUACUUGGUGGUGACCCUGGUGUUGGCAAAAGCACACUUUUAUUGCAGAUUGCCGCUAUUAUUUCUCAACGACGUAGUUCCAGGGGCCCAGCUCGUGUUUUAUAUGUAUCUGGCGAGGAGAGCAUAGAACAAAUUGGGAACAGGGCAGAUCGCAUGAGAAUCACGUCAGAAGAUCUGUACCUAUAUUCUAGCACAGAUGUUGAGGACAUACUGGAUAAAGUACAAAAUUUUUCCCCCGAGGCUCUUAUUGUGGACUCUAUACAGACAGUUUAUCUGAGAGAUGUUAUUGGAAGUGCUGGAAACAUCACGCAGGUCAAAGAAUGCACCUUGAAGUUGCUUCAUUUUGCAAAGGAAACAAACAUUCCUGUGCUUCUUAUUGGACAUGUCACAAAAACUGGAGAUAUAGCUGGUCCUCGCAUGCUGGAGCACAUGGUGGAUGCUGUUUUAUAUAUGGAGGGUGAGAGGUAUUCAUCUUAUCGGUUGUUGCGAUCAGUGAAGAAUCGUUUUGGCUCAACAGAUGAGCUUGGCUUGCUUGAAAUGACAGAAUCAGGCCUUCAGGCAGUUUCCAAUCCCAGCGAAAUGUUUCUAAGUGAGAAUUACUCUGAUUCAGAUGUCUUAGCUGGACUUGCGCUUGCAAUUGUUGUAGAUGGGUCUCGAACCUUUGUUAUUGAGAUUCAGGCAUUAUGCGUUUCUGGCUCAACUGUGGCGCGACAUAUCAAUGGCAUACAAGAGAGUCGGGCUGACAUGAUAAUAUCAGUUCUUAUCAAGCAGGCUGGUCUAAAGCUUCAAGAUAAUGCAAUUUUUCUGAAUGUUGUUAGUGGUUUUAAGCUGACAGAAACUGCAGGAGAUCUUGCAAUAGCAGCAGCCAUAUGUAGCAGCUUCUUGGAAUUUCCCAUCCCUCAUGAUGUUUCGUUCAUUGGGGAGGUUGGUCUUGGAGGCGAGCUUCGCAUGGUUCCAAGGAUGGAUAAGCGAGUAACUGCUGCUGCAAAAUUGGGAUUCAAGAGGUGUAUCGUUCCAAAAGCAGCAGAGAUCAAUCUCUCUUCACUCGAUCUGAACAUAAAAAUAGUCGGAUGCAGGACUUUGAAAGACGUAAUCAACACAAUAUUCAGCACUCCCUGAAGUUCCUCAUCGCAUAGUCCUAUAAAUGAUUGCCAUCGAUUUUUUUUUGUCAGGCAUUUACUACAGCCAACAUUUACUUCUGCAAUGACUGUCAACAUCUGUGUAAACAUUAUAUAUCUGAACUUUAAUCUUUUUUUUUUUUAUUUUGAUGACCAAUUUUAGCUUUUUAUUGCAUGUGCAACAGCAACUGAU